AUGUCCAAUAAUAAUAGGAAUUUCGGUGCAGGACCUGGCAAAAUACCAGACGAAGUGCUUAAAGAGGCCCAACUGGAAUUCUUGUCCUAUCAAAACAUCGGAUUUAGCGUGACGGAAUUAAGUCACCGUUCCGAGGCGUAUGCCAAAAUAAAUCAGGAAGCGCAAGAUGAUUUACGAGAACUACUAAAUGUACCAUCGAAUUAUAAAAUCUUGUUUCUACACGGAGGUGGACAAGGUUUGUUUUCGGCUGUUGCAAUGAAUUUAAUUGGGGAAAAUGGUACUGCAAAUUACGCUGUUGCCGGUAUUUGGUCAAAAAUCGCUGCAAAUGAAGCAAAAAAGUAUGGUAGAAUUGAUUUAGUUUUCCCUGAGCCUGAUUCUGGUACAAUUCCUGCCAUAAACGAUUGGACUAUAAACCCUAAAGCCUCAUAUUUGUACUAUUGUGACAAUGAAACAAUUCAAGGGAUUGAAUUUCCUUUUGUGCCUGAUUCCAAAGAAGUACCAUUAGUAGCUGACAUGUCUUCAAAUUUGUUAACUAGGAAAUUUGACGUUUCCAAAUUUGGAGUCAUUAUUGCAGCAGUUCAAAAAAACCUAGGAACUGCAGGUUUGGGAAUUGUCAUAAUCAAAGACACCCUUUUAGAUAAGGCCCUUAACAUUUGCCCUUCAAUAUUGAACUUCAAAUUAAUCAACGAGUAUGAAUCUAUUUUAAAUACUCCACCUAUAUUUUCAAUUUACAUGUUUGGCAAAGUACUAAAAUGGAUCAAAAAUCAAGGAGGCUUAGACAAGAUGGAACAAUUAUCCAUACAAAAAAGCCAAUUAUUGUACAACACACUUAAACAAUCAAAUGGUUUUUAUCACAACAACAUCCCAGAACAAAAUCGCAGCAGGAUUAAUGUACCUUUCAGGAUUAAUAAGGGCGAUGUUGAUAUGGAAAAUAAAUUCCUAAAAGAAGCCGAAGAAAGGAAAUUGUUCCAAUUAAAAGGGCACAAAUUGGUGGGGGGCAUUAGAGUUUCCAUGAACAACGCCGUAACUUGUGAAGAUGUUCAAGUUUUGGUUGAAUUUAUGAAGGAAUUUCAACAAGAAAACCAAUAA